UUGUCUCCGUCCUUCUUUAUAAUCUUCUCCCCACUCACUCCUUUUUCUGACCAUUCAUUAAUAACUGUCAUUUCUUCUCAAAACCUCUUCAAAAUGAAGUUCUUUUCUCGUCUCAAAAAUAACAACACCACCAACAACCACCACAGAUCCUCCUGGCCAUGGCCCUCUUGCCACCAACCCAGAACCCUCUCAUUCAGAGCUACCACCGCCAGCGCCACCACCACCACAACCACCACCACCACUCCCACUCAUGACAUUUUCAAAGGCUCCAACUCCAUCGCUCAAACUCCGGACUCCUUCUUCACUGACUCACCUAACUCCGACAGUUUCUCCACUGCGUCCGACAUAUCCCACACCGUGGACUCCACCGAAACGGUUAUUCGAGGCCUCCGCUCCGACCGCCUUUUCUUCGAACCGGACCCGACCAGCUCCUUAUGGGAAGCGAAACUCGCCACCCUCCCACCCUUCAAAAACAGCGUGGUUUUCUCCAUGGACUCCACGCACCCUUACGUGGAUUUCCGCCGCUCCAUGGAAGACAUGGUGGCCACACACAGCGUCAGAGACUGGGAGGAUCUCGAGGACCUUCUCUGCUGGUUCUUGAAGGUCAAUGCAGAAAACACUCACCACUACAUCCUCCGUGCUUUCGUCGAUUUCUUGUUCUCUCUAGCACUUGCUUCUUCUUCUUCCAACGCCAUUUGUAGUACCACCACCACUCUCUCUUCUCUCUCUUCUUCUUCUUCCUCUUGCACCACUCGCUGCACUUUCUGUAUCGAGGAAGAGCUUCAACACCAACACAUUUCUUAAUGUUCUCGAAUUGUAUCUAACAAUGCCUCAUCAUCAUCAUCAUCGUAUUACAGAACAUCAAACUUUUCUUUUCUUUUCUUCAA